CUGCCCUGGUCUCCGCUGUGAAGGAGAAGCCGGGAGAGCAGGCUAAACCAGGAAGGCGCUGGCUUGUGGCGCGCACGCGCACGCACGCACGCCGGCGGCCGGAGGGGCGGCACGCUCGCGCCCGGGCUCGCCGCGCGCCGCGCCAGAGGCUCGCGCACUCAGCAGGUUGGGCUGCGGCGGCGGCAGCUGUGGGAGCUGAGGCGCAGCGCGUGAGAGGUCCCAGACGCGUCUGCGGCUCCGGUUCCGCCACCUUCCUCUUCUCUCACCCCAGUCUCGGUGCCGGGUGCUGAGAAGGGAACGGCGCUAGCCUUGGUAACUUAGAGCCCACCUUUGGCUGCUUCCGACACUGCCAUCCUUCCUUUCCCAGCCGCGGGCCUCUCGGUGCUAAGGCGACUCUGCGGGGAGGCGGCGGCGACGGCUGCCUGUCUGUGGGGAGGAGUCCUGCCCUCCAGUCUUGUUCCGCCGCCGGGCCCUGCAGGGUCCAAGAGAGCUCGGCGCCGGUCCUUCCUCUCACCUUUUUCGUCAGCCGAUUGGUGCAGCGUCGGUCCGAGAGGUCUCUGGGCUGAGGCGGCGGCAGCUCCUUCGGCUUCAUCAUGUCCGCGGGCGGAGACUUCGGGAAUCCGCUGAGGAAAUUCAAGCUGGUGUUCCUGGGGGAGCAGAGCGUUGGAAAGACAUCCUUGAUCACCAGAUUCAUGUAUGACAGUUUUGACAACACCUACCAGGCAACAAUUGGUAUUGACUUUUUAUCAAAAACAAUGUACUUGGAGGAUCGAACAAUCAGGCUGCAGCUGUGGGAUACUGCGGGUCAGGAACGUUUCCGUAGCCUCAUUCCCAGUUACAUCCGUGAUUCUGCUGCAGCCGUAGUAGUUUACGAUAUCACAAAUGUUAACUCAUUCCAGCAAACUACAAAAUGGAUUGAUGAUGUCAGAACAGAAAGAGGAAGUGAUGUUAUCAUCAUGCUAGUAGGAAAUAAAACAGAUCUUGCUGACAAGAGGCAAGUAUCAAUUGAGGAAGGAGAGAGGAAAGCCAAAGAGCUGAAUGUUAUGUUUAUUGAAACAAGUGCAAAAGCAGGAUACAAUGUAAAACAGCUCUUCCGACGUGUUGCAGCAGCUUUGCCUGGAAUGGAAAGCACACAGGACAGAAGCAGAGAAGACAUGAUUGACAUAAAACUGGAAAAGCCUCAGGAGCAACCAGUCAGUGAAGGAGGCUGUUCCUGCUAAUCUUCCAUGGCAUCUUCAACUUUUCUUCAGAAGCUCACUGCUUUGGCCCCCUUACUCUUUCAUUGACUGCAGUGUGAAUAUUGGCUUGAACCUUUUCCCUUCAGUAAUAACGUAUUGCAAUUCAUCAUUGCUGCCUGUCUCGUGGAGAUGAUCUAUUAGCUUCACAAGCACAAAAAAGUCAGUGUCUUCAUUAUUUAUAUUUUACAAAAAGCCAAAUGAUUCCAACAUAUUCCAGUGAUAACUUUAAAAAUUAGAUACGUUUUCUCAGUUUUUGUUUCCUUUGCAAUGUUAGGAUAACGUACUUCAAAAUGAUGGAAAUUCCAACAGUCUGUGGCUAGGUUAAGGAGCAAUUGUUCACAGCAGCACUUGCCUACCUACUUGAUCUCUCUCUGCUUUUCUCACCUCUCCCUUAUUGCAUUCCCUAUUCUUACCAUCUCUCCCUCAAAACAAAUGAGGUAUGACAAAGCAGGAGUUAGACCAAACCCAAUGGAGUUAUCCUUCAAAUUUAGUGAUAUCACUUGCUCUAGGCCUUGGGCCAAGAUGUCCAAAAUUAUUCUUGAGCGCUGAUAUAAAUUACUUAGACUUUAUUUGAGGUCAAAACUCAACUAUCAUGGUAGGCAGUGCUUGAAUAAGAAAAGGGUUCUGAUGCAUCUUCAAAAUGAGUCCUAAUGAACACAGUGAGUACUUUCAAAUUAAAUGAACAUAAAAUGUAUUUCAGACCAAAACAAAUGACCCUUUCACAUGUUAGUCCCUGGGAGAGAAGAGUUAACAGUGCUUCAGAACAUGUUUUUAAUACUGAAUUCUCCCAGUGAACUAUUUCUCCCAGGAUUUUAAAAUUCUCAACAUAGAGUUAUUCUGUUUGUUUAAAAAAAGAAGAAAACUUUUGUAAGCAAUAGAUUUCUCUUGGGUUUUUCUUUGUUUCAAAAAAUGCUAUGCAGGCAAGGCACUACAGAAAUAAAUUCUUUUAAGAAGAACCAGCGGAAGAAUUUAAACUUGGUACCGUUAUCAAAACUACAAUAAACAAUGAUAUCUAAAGCUAUCAUUGUAGAAACAAUGAUAUCUAAAGCUUAACAACAAAAGAAUCCUCAACAGAAUAGCAAAUACUUUGCUCAGGACAUUUGAGGUCAAAUUGAAAAUGGAAACAGGUUUCUUAUAAGCCCCUAGUGGCAGAUCUGGAAAAGCAUACAUAGAAGAGGGAAAGGAGAGAAUGGAAGUAAAACUUAAUAUUAUGCAGAUUUAUGCCUUAUUUUUUAGCAUUUUUUUUUUUAAUGUUGGGUCUUUCAGGCUGGUUUUGCUUUUUAUUAGAUCUGUCUAGUUUGGUUAAUUAACUAGUGAUUUAGUUUUAUAUUUAAGCUACAAUUAAUCUUUUUUCUUUGUUGAUAUUUAUUUCUUUGCCUUUUUUUUUAAACUGCUUUCAGUUUUUAGAUGUUUUGUCUGAUCUAUUUAGAGCUUCAUCACCAUGGCAAUAUAUAUUUCCCUUAAAACACUGUAAACAAAUAUACUAGGAGUGCACCAUUUUAAUCUUUACUAGUUAUUGUGAGAUUGCUGUGUAAGUUAAUAAACACAUUUGUAAAUACAUUAUUUGCAGGACGAAAAUUUCUGAGUUACAGCUCAGGAAAAGCCUGCUGAAUUUACGUUGUAAGCAUUACUUAACACAGUAUAAAGAUGAAAAGACAACAAAAAUAUCUUCAUACUUCCUCAUCCCCUCAUUGCAACAAAACCCUUAACUGGGAACCUUAUUCCCCUCUCUUUCCUCUUCCUUCUCCAGUUCCCACUUACUGUCACCUUGUAAUAUUCAGAGAGCACUUGGAUUAUGGGUCUGAAUAGAGAAAUGCUUUCAGAUAAUCAUUAGCCCACAUACCAGUAACUUAUACUCAAAGAUGGGAUGGAGUUGUAAAGUGCUUUUAUAAUACAAUAUUAUUGUUAAAGGCAAGGGUUGACUCUUUUGUUUUUAUUUUGACAUGGCAUGUCCUGAAAUAAAUAUCAAUUCAAUAUGGCAGAUGGGUCAUAUUCUUUAUUUAGAAGAAGUUGUGAUUUCUGACAUGGGGGUGAUUGUCUUCCUACACUGUAGUGUAUGAUUCUUUUUAUGUAUCUUUAAAACAGUAAUCAGUUAUGCUGCUUUUUAAUAUCGGUCUUUUUAUUUGGCCUGGGGUUCUUCAACUGAAGCAGUGAAGUGUGUUCAUAGUCUAGAUUUUUUUUUUAAUAAACAAUUUUGCUGCCAAAAAUAUAUAAAUAAAACACAAAAACAA